ACCGCGCCUGCAUCCCUCGUCCCCUCUAGGCGCGCGGCAUAGAUGACGCAGGACCUGGAGAUGGCGGCGCGCAGCGGCUCCGGCGGGGGCGCGGGCGGGCCGUACCUCCCCCAGCCGCGUGACGGCCUCGACGACGACGGCAAGAAGAAGCGUACCGUGUGCUAGAGACGAGUAGAGCUCGAUCUUUGGUUGGUGGUUCUGAGCAGAAAGAGAUUGGGUGACGAAGCCCUUGUAUUGGUGCUUGUCGGUGUUGUGUGUGCCGAGGCUCGCCCGCACGUGCCGACAUGGUGUGUUGAGAUAUUGUAUUUCUAUCUCCCUCUUGCCGGCAGCUACUGGCGGGUGAUUAGAUUUCUAGGACAACGGUAACUGAGUCAUGCCUUAUCUCGAUUGAGUUUGCCUUUAGCCGAAUUGCACUGAACGGUUUGGACGGCGAGCGCGCACAUCAUCACGGCGGUUAUCGGCUCUGGCGUGCUCUCCCUCGCCUGGUCGACGGCGCAGCUCGGCUGGGUUGUCGGCCCGGUGACCCUGAUGAUCUUCUCGGUCAUCACCUACUACACCUCCAGCCUCCUCGCCGACUGCUACCGCACCGGCGAUCAUGUCACUGGGAAAAGGAACUACACCUACAUGGACGCCGUCGCCGCAUACCUGGGUGGCUGGCAAGUGUGGUCCUGUGGGGUCUUCCAGUAUGUCAACUUGUUUGGAACCGCCGUUGGGUACACCAUUACAGCGUCGAUCAGCGCGGCGGCCGUGCACAAGUCCAACUGCUUCCACAAGAACGGCCACGCUGCCGACUGCGGCGUCUACGACACCAUGUACAUGGUGGUCUUUGGGGUCGUGCAGAUCUUCUUCUCCCAGGUCCCGAACUUCAGCGAUCUGUCGUGGUUGUCCAUCGUCGCUGCCGUCAUGUCCUUCUCCUACUCGUCCAUCGCCAUCGGUCUCUCCUUGGCGCGAACCAUAUCAGGUCGUAGUGGUAAGACUACUCUGACUGGCACCGAGGUUGGAGUCGACGUGGACUCAGCCCAGAAGAUCUGGCUUGCGUUCCAAGCUCUCGGCAACAUCGCGUUCGCGUACUCCUACUCCAUGAUUCUUAUAGAAAUCCAAGACACCGUGAAGUCCCCUCCGGCCGAGAACAAGACGAUGAAGAAGGCGACCCUGCUCGGCGUGUCGACCACCACGGCGUUCUACAUGCUGUCCGGCUGCCUCGGCUACGCGGCGUUCGGGAACGCCGCGCCGGGGAACAUCCUGACGGGGUUCGGCUUCUACGAGCCCUACUGGCUGAUCGACUUCGCCAACGUCUGCAUCGUGGUGCACCUGGUGGGCGCCUACCAGGUGUUCUCCCAGCCCAUCUUCGCCGCCGUCGAGACGUGUGCAGCUGCGCGCUGGCCGAACGCGAAGUUUAUCACCCGCGAGCACACGGUUGCGUCCGGCAAGUUCAGCUUCAACGUGUUCAGGCUGACGUGGCGGACGGCGUUCGUGGUGGUGAGCACGGUGCUCGCCAUCGUCUUGCCCUUCUUCAACGACAUCCUGGGCUUCCUCGGCGCCGUCGGGUUCUGGCCGCUCACCGUGUACUACCCGGUGGAGAUGUACAUCCGGCAGCGGCGGAUACAGAAGUACACCACCAGAUGGGUGGCGCUGCAGGUCCUCAGCUUCCUCUGCUUCCUCGUGUCGCUCGCCGCGGCGGUCGCGUCCAUCGAGGGCGUCACUGAAUCGCUCAAGCACUAUGUCCCCUUCAAGACCAAGUCAUGAUUAGCAGAUGACCGAGGUUCUCCAUGAGGGUUAAGAAUUCUAUACAACCAUGCAAUGCGAUAGGUCAGCGGUUAACAGUGCUUGCUGUUGUGCGAUGGGUUAGCAUAGAACUGGUAUGAAGCCUUCGCUACGGCGUCAGCGAGAAGUUCUUCUGGAGAGGGAGAGAGAGAUCUCCGGUUGUGUAGCUGAGAAAUCCGUGAGAGGUUUCGAGGGCAUCUUGCAUAUGUUGUAACUUGUACCUGUAAAGAAACUUAAGAGUUGAUAUAAGAAUUGAGAGUUAACAAGCCUUGUUCGAA